UCAUCAUAAUCAUAUGGGUUUUUAAUAUUUGAACAAAAUAGGUAGCUUUGGCCAAGGUAAUACAUCGCGGCGCGGAGAAAUGAAAAAUAUUGUGUUCUUAUUAUGUGGUUCUUUUAAUCCUGUAAAUUAUAUGCACUUGAGAAUGUUUGAAAUAGCCAAAGAUUUCUUUAAUAUGCAUUUAAAAAUUGAAGUUAAAUGUGGUAUAAUAUCUCCUGUUAACGAUAAAUAUAACAAAAGGGGCUUAGUAAAUUCAAACCAUCGUUUAAAUAUGCUUAAAUCUGCAUUAAAAUCUUCCAAUUGGGUUAAAUUAGACACAUGGGAAUGUGAACAGAAUCAAUGGAGUACAACCUUUGAUGUUUUACAGCAUUUUCAACAAGCAUUUAAUAAGAAUGAUAAACAAGAUUCUAAAGUUAUAUUAUUAUGUGGUGCCGAUUUAUUUGAAUCUUUCACAGUACCUGGCUUAUGGGAUCCACAACAUAUAAAAGAUAUAAUUAAAACAUUUGGUAUAGCAGUGGUGACAAGAUAUGGAACAAGAAUUGAAUCUGUAUUUCAAAAUUUACCAUUUCUAAAUACUCUCAAGGAUAAAAUAUAUAUCAUACAUGACCCUAUACCAAAUGAAAUUAGCUCUACUAAAAUAAGAGCUGCUAUUUCAAGGGGCCAGAGUAUCAAAUAUCUAUUACCCGAAGAACUAAUUCAAUAUAUUCAAAAUCAUAAAUUAUAUGUAUAAUUGUUUGAUUCAGACAUGAUUUGUAAAAUUUUAUUAUAUACAUUAUAAGAUUAUAAUUUAUUGUUAAUAUAUUAAAUUUAUAAUAAAGUAAAUAUUAUAAACAAUAAAUAUAAAUUAUUUACUAAUAAAUAUAUUUUUACUAAGAUAAAACAUAUAA